UUAGUUUUGAAACCCUAAGUGUGAGUCUGAUCUUUCAUUUCUCCCCCCUCAGUGAUCCUUUGGAUCCAUUGCUUCCCUUUAUGGACUCCACAUUAUGCUUGGAUGAUGUUAUCAUUAUGAUGCUUUGAAUCUUCCAAGCAUGGAGAAGGAGGACGAGACAACUCAUGAGGAUGAUUGGAUCAAGGGAGUUGAGAUGAAUUCUAUCGAUCAUAAGAUUACAUCCAAGGAGCAACAACACUACACCGUUUUGAGUGAAUCCGACAUCAAGCGACAUCAAGAUGCAGACAUUAAACAGGUUUCAUGUGUUUUAUUGAUAUCAAUAGUGUUUUCUUGUCUUUUGCUCGUCCACCACGAGUGGAGUGUGCUCAAAGUGCAGGAAGUAUGGUUCGAUGAUGAAGAAAGAGUUCGCAAAGCCGUAGGGUUACUAAAGCAGCAUAAGCCUCGGGUAGGUUUUCCCAACUCAAAAACCCUCACUUGUGAGAUAUGUCUCGAUGUUGUUUUAUGCGAUAAGGUUAGAUCAGCUAGUUGUGAUCAUCUAUAUUGCAUUGAUUGUUGGAAGAAGUAUGUGGAUACAAGCAUCAACGACGGCCCUAAUAAGUGCUUGAAACUUAGGUGCCCUCAACCCUUUUGUGAUGCAGCUGUGGGUGGAGACAUGAUUCGUGAACUUGCAAGUGAGUCACAGCGGAACAAGUAUGAUCAGUUUUUGUUUCGAUCUUAUGUGGAAAACAACAAGAAGGUAAAGUGGUGUCCUGCCCCAGAUUGUGGGUAUGCUGUGAGUUAUGAAGCAGAUGGUGUGAGAUCCAAUUCAGAUGUUACUUGUCUUUGUUAUCACUCCUUUUGUUGGAGUUGUGGGGAAGAAGCUCAUAGCCCUGUGGAUUGUGAAAUCGCGAAACACUGGAUCAUGAAGAAUGAUUAUGAAUCCUCUGAGAAUUCUGCUUGGAUUCUUGCUAAUACCAAACCAUGUCCUAAGUGCAAGAAACCUAUUGAGAAAAUUGAUGGGUAUGUGCAUAUGGAGUGCAUGUGUGGGUUCCAGUUUUGCUGGUUAUGUCUUCGCAAAUGGUCCAAUUGUUGUUAUAACUGCAUCCAUUUUCCUUACAAGGAUAUUUACAAGAAGGAAGUGAAGAGAAAUAUGGUGAGUGAUUAUUUGGAUGAUUGCACUCAUUAUUUUGAGUCUUGGACUAGAACAAAUUUGAUAAGAAAAGAUGCACUUAAUCAUUUAAAGCACCUGAUGAAUGGUGGGCAUACAAAGCGAUUGAGUAUGUUAUAUCAAAGGUCAGAAGAUGAUUUUGAGUUCAUAGAGGCGGCGUGGCAACAAGUGAUUGAAUGUAUAAGAGUGCUCAAAUGGAUCUAUACAUAUAGAUUCUAUCUUCCUAAAAGCGAACAAGCUAAAAUAGAAUUUCUUGGGUACUCACAACGCGAGGCUAAAACUGUUUUGGAAACGCUUUGUUAUUGCACAGACAAGGAAUUGAGCGAGUUUCUUCAUGCUAGUGAGCCAAAAAAUACAUUUGAUGAUUUCCGAUUGAAGUUAAUGAAACUUACCAAUGUCAGUAAGACAUAUUUUGAGAAUCUAGUGAGAGCCUUAGAGAAUGGGCUAACUAAUGUCCAAGUGAAAAAGUAUGGAGUCAGUGGACUAAAAAGAAGGCUAAGGGAGAUAGGGGAGAGCUCAACUGGAAUGAAAAAGAGAAACAGGAAUAUCAACCUUAAUUAAUUGGUGAUUAAAAAAUAUUUACAUAAUUUAUAUUAUCAUGUACUUUUGUCUCAUUUCUUCCUAUCUAUCCCCCCUUAUGAAUAACUUGUUAUAAAAAUCUGAAGCUUAAAUAAUACUACAAUAAUUUGC